GCGCAGCAGAUAAAAUGGCGUUCAAAUGCAGCGGUAGCGACAGUACCGUUAUUGUGGCUGCCAUUGUUGUCGCAGUCGCACUGAGGCUUCACAUCUGUUUGGCAUUGGAUGUUUAUUUUCCCACCACUUCCGUGAAAUUCAAGCUGCCCCUCAAUGAGGAAUCGGAGAGCAUUUUCUCAAAGAUACCAUUGGCACAGUUUCAAGUGUUGCGCCUGGAUAACAAUCUGCCGGCCACUGACUAUAUCUACAGUCUGGAGGAUAAUCCUCUGUUGCGUCUCAAUGCCAGCUCCGGGGAGGUUUAUAUGCGCACCGAUUACCGACCUCUAAAUGAGAGUGUCAAAUAUGUAUUGACUGCAUUUCCGCGUAGCCAGGAUGAUGAUCAGGCCGAAGAGCUAUUGCAGCAGGUGGCACAUCUAACUCUGGAGGUGAUACCACAACCGUUAGCCGAUUACUGUGCCGAGUUGGAGCACAUUUGCUUUUGGACAGCCGCCCAUUACAGCAUUGCCGAGUCUACAAACGACCAGUUUGAACCGGUGCUGAUUGGUGCACUGAAUUCGCGUGCUGCCAAAUAUCUAUGCCCGCACAGAUCCCUCGAAUAUGCUUUGAAAGCAGGCAGUGCACACUUUGCCCUCAAACAGAAUCGCUUAUAUACAAAACACUCCUUGGAUCAUGAUGAACUGAAUGGUCUACAGGCUCAUGCCGGCCAACUGCAGGCAACCAUUUGUUGCACGGUGAAGAUAUCCGGACAGGAGCAGCGACAAUUUUGGAGAAGCUACAAUGUCACUUUGCUGGAUCGCAAUGACAAUGGACCACGACUACAAGAACGUCAGCCACACUUUAACUUUUAUCUGGAGCAGCCCUAUUUCAAUACGGAGGAGCCGGUGGGUGAGAAAAUCAUUUACCUGGACAAGGACACACUGGCAGCCAAUGCGCAUCUUGGCUACACCAUAUUAAAUGAUGCACUUGGACUUGUCCAGCCCGAUUGCCACGCCUUUGAGGCGGAUCACACGGGCAGGCCACACACCAUCAUCAGUUGCCAGCUGUACUUCUCGAGAAGCGGUGUCCUGCGGCAGACGCCUUACUGCAUCGAUUUGAUGGCUAGAGACAUGACAAUCAAAGCGAAGAAUGCAAACACAUCUGCGACGGCUCACAUCUGUCUGCAUGUGGACACGAGUCGGCUGCACGAGAGCGACCAGGAGCGUCCACAGGCGUUGCCAUUGCGUGUGCGCCAGCAGCGAAUCUUUGACAAUGCCGGCGACAUGCUGCACUCGGAUUUGGCUGGACGACGCCACCUGAGCAUCGACUAUGAGAAGGAUGUCUUUGUGCAUCGGGCCGCAGCUGCCUUUUAUCGUGUGGCACAGCCGGAAAACUUUGUGGAACUGUUGCGUCAGCGCAGUUGGCGUUUCUCCCUCGUCGAGGAUCGAAGUGGCGCCUUUGGACUCACGGAGACGGCGGGCAUUGUUUAUGUGCGCGAUGGAUUGGCCUUGGAGCAUGCACCGGAGACCAUAUACUUUCUGAAUGUGACCUGGCUGGAUGCUGAGAAGCAAUCGCACGCCUUUGUCAUCAAUAUACAUCUGGUGGAGGGCAGACCGGCGAAUGCCACCUGCGAGCUGAGACUUAAGUCGCGAACUCAGACCUGUGCCCAGGUCAAGUACCGUACGCAAUGUGGCAACUUUUGUGGCCUGGCCACCAAUGGAGGUCCGUGCAUGUGGCGCGGCUCUAGUGCAUCCAUGUUUGGACGCAACUAUGGCUCCUGUGUGCCCGAUGCUCGCUACUGUCCGGAUCAUGUCUGUGAUGCCUUGGAGGAGUUGAAUCCGCAUGCUUGUCCGCAGGAUUGCACGCCCUCCAGUCGCAUUGUGGGACCGCAUAGCACCAAUGAUUAUGGGCGUGGCAUACUAAGUGGAUCUGGAACCUGCAUCUGCGAGGACAAUGGCAAAUGCUCCUGUGGCCCACUGCCCGACGAGGGGGAGAUGAAUUCCCGACGUCAGCGCAAAAGCAAGAAUAAAACGGAUACCGAAGUGGUCAGUGUUGUUCCAAUGCAGGAGCAGGGUGACCAAGAGCAGGAUGCACUAACUCUGGGCGUACUCCAUUUGGCGGGCAUGGAAUGCAAUCGCUUCUGUAUACUCGUCGUCAUCAGUUGUCCGCUGAUCUUUGUGCUCCUGCUGAUCUGCCUGCUGCUCUCGCAGCGCAAGCUGUGGCAGCGACGCCGUGGCAAACAGUCGGUGACACCAGGUGGUAAGCAGGCACUACCCGCCAGUCUGGAGACAUUGGGCGGCGAUGGAGAUCUACCGCUGAUGCCGCUCCAGAGCGGCUUUAAGUUCGAGAGCGCCGAUACCAAGUGGGAGUUUCCGCGGGAGCAACUCCAGCUGGACAUUGUGCUGGGCGAGGGUGAGUUUGGACAGGUGCUUAAGGGCUAUGCCACCCAAAUAGCCGGUCUGCCCGGCGUCACCACCGUCGCCGUUAAAAUGCUGAAGAAGGGCGCCAAUUCGGUAGAGUACAUGGCCCUGCUCUCCGAGUUCCAGCUGCUGCAAGAGGUCUCCCAUCCCAAUGUCAUCAAGUUGCUCGGUGCCUGCACACAAUCGGAGGCGCCUCUACUUAUCAUCGAGUAUGCCCGCUAUGGAUCACUGCGAAGCUAUCUACGUCUCAGCCGGAAGAUCGAGUGCGCCGGCGUCGAUUUCAGUGACGGCGUCGAGCCCGUCAAUGUCAAGAUGAUGCUCACAUUCGCCUGGCAAAUCUGCAAGGGCAUGAACUAUCUAACAGAGCUUAAGCUGGUGCAUCGCGAUUUGGCAGCUCGUAAUGUUCUGCUGGCCGAUGGCAAGAUCUGCAAGAUUUCCGACUUUGGACUAACCCGCGAUGUCUACGAGGACGAUGCCUAUUUAAAGCGAUCCCGAGAUCGCGUGCCCGUCAAGUGGAUGGCUCCAGAAUCGCUGGCGGAUCAUGUGUACACCAGCAAGUCAGAUGUUUGGGCAUUUGGUGUUCUCUGCUGGGAACUGAUCACAUUGGGUGCCUCUCCAUAUCCUGGCAUAGCGCCACAGAAUCUCUGGUCACUGCUUAAGACAGGCUAUCGCAUGGAGCGUCCAGAGAACUGUUCCGAAGCUGUUUACUCGGUGGUGUGCACCUGCUGGGCGGAUGAGCCCAAUGCUCGACCCUCAUUCAAAUAUCUGGCAGCUGAAUUUGAAAAACUGCUGGGCAACAAUGCUAAAUACAUUGAGCUGGAGACGAAUGCUGUAUCCAAUCCACUUUACUGCAGCGACGAGGCAGCCUUGAUGCCUGGCAAUGGACUGGUUGAGGAACUAGGCGAACCGGAGUCACUGCAUCAUUUAUGGAAACCGCCAAAGAUGAACAUAUAUGAUAUACAGGAUUUGGGCAACAGUCGCGACGAGUCCAUUCCCGAUAUACAGACCACAUCGAUGGCUGCGAUGGCGCCUCCUGGCUACGAUUUGCCACGUCCCCUUAUCGAAGCCAGCACCACAGAGCAGGUGCUGCGAUAUGAGAACGAUCUUCGCUUUCCACUCAAUAUUCGCAAAUCGAGCUGCGCUCCCAGCUACAGCAACAUGACCAAUUGCAGUCAGGCUACGGCUUUGCCCCACUAUGCGGUGCCCGUGAAGCGUGGACGUUCCUAUUUGGACAUGACUAACAAUACGUUAAUACCGGAUAAUCUCGACAAUCGCGAUUUUGAGAAGCAUCUAUCCAAGACCAUCUCAUUUCGUUCCAGCUUGCUUAAUCUCAAGGAGCCCGAAUCGCCCCACGGACAGAUCGAGGAUGCUGUUUAAUUGCACGAAUGGUCAAUUUCGACUUGUGCUUUUUAGUUCAAAUUGUUUGUUAAUUAGUUUUAGAAAUAUGCUGAUGCCAGAAAUAACUCGAUUACUCUUCCCCACUUUCCAAAUGCUAGAAAUCU